AUGGAAUUCUACCUUGGAAAACUUUGUUAUUGGAUGUUUUUCAUUUGCAGCGUAUUUUUCAACCAAGGCAAGGAUGAAGAUUUUACUUUUUAUGCCUAACGUUAAUUAUGAUAUGCAUAAUGCACAAGUGUACCAUUUUAAUUGAUCUUCAGUUCAUAUUAAUUUUGCACGCAUCUCAUAUUUGGUCUUCUUAAAACCAAACACAAUACCUUUGCUUUUGAUUUAAAAUUGUUUUGUUACAUAUAAACCUACUAGAACGAAACCUGUAUUCCGUUUCAUUCACUGAAGUAUUGUUUAUCUUGUGCCGAUCGUGCUUGGUACGAAAUAUUUUUCCCACUUGCACUUGCACUUUCGUGCGGAAGUCCAGAAUUUUCCGAUAACGUUUAAUGGAAGUUUCUUAUUUUACAGAGAUGCCAACUUCUAGGCCGGGUUGUUCAAAGCUGGGUUAAGAUAACCCAGGGUUAGUGCGAAAUAAUUAAUUUGAAUAAUUCAAAUGAAUUUCAGAUAUGAAAGCUUAAAACAUAAAUUCACUUUUAAUUCUUUUUGUCAACAAGUUGAUGAUCGGAUUUUUUUCACGAUAACAGAGAAAAUUAUCUGAGAAAAUUCUUUUGAACAAAAGAAAAAGAAACCCGGGUUAAACUUAAUCCUGGGUUGAGCGCUAAUCGGCCUUCAAACAACUGGGUCCUGGAGGUCUAAACUCUGGAUACACUCUCUAGUUCAUUACCCUCCCCCCCAUCCCCGAAUUUCAAUGGACUCCCCCCUGACAUAUAAUGAUAUUGACCCAGCCCCCAAUGGGAAUGGCUUAGAGCAUUACAUGAAGUCUUACAUGAGUGACAUACUAUCAAAAUUAGAAAUCGUCAUUUUUAUGCCAAAAUAAUUGUCAUUGAGUAAAUAAGUGCAAAAAGGCCCCAGAAACCAUACUACAAAUAAAAAAAUUUCAAAUUUUGAGGGGAAAAUGGGCUAAAUCUCAAACUAAAGCAAAGAAAGGGGCAAAAGAUAAUUUUUUCCAGGAGAUUAUGAAUUUGUCAUGUUCAAAGCUGUAUAUGGGAUGGGUGGUGGUGGGGGAAGGGGGGUGGAAGGAGAGGGGGCGUCUCAUUUGGGGAGGGUAAGGGUGCGUUCCUUUCAGCGAAUCCAAAAACUGAUUUUGAUCCUAGAUUUGCCAGAUUUGGUGGUCGAAAGGAACGUGAAAUCCAAAGUUGAUUUGUAUCCUUGGUGACCUUUCGCAAAAGCGUGCAAUAUGCAUAACAGCCUCUCAAGAAAUGACGUGUUUUCUAUUGUUAAACAAAUGCGGAAUUUUGUGGUGGAGCUUAAACCCAUCAAGAAAGAAGUGCAUGAAUCCUUUUUCGAAAAGGAUUCUGUGGAUCAAAAAUCUGAAUUUGGAUAAGCCAUAAGGAAUCGAGUGUCAAAUCUUUUUUAAGAUCUAAAAUCAGUUUUUGGAUUCACUGAAAUUAAAGGAUGCCAAUUCCCAGAUGAGCCUUCACAGCAUUUUCACACAGCGUAUUCCCAGAACCUGCCUUUUUUUACACUAGAAAUAAGACAUCAAGGUCAUUUAAAUGUCUAGAAUGAAACCUCUUGUAAUCAACCACUUAUCCAACACCGGACUAAAAAAAAACUUAAUUUCAUCUUGUCGUUUGGGUAAACAGCUCACACAUUUUGAUUGCCUGGGUCACUUCUUGCUCAUCUCAGUUAAUGAUUUUGUUAGAGGAUGACUUACUUUGAUCAAUCCUUGCCUAUUGUACAUUAGUAAGCUUUAAAGUUACUUGCUUAGCAAGAAAAUCCACUUGUCUACUUGUCAUGCAAUACAUCAAGAAUUUUCCCUAUCAAAGCACUUAUGCUUAUAAAAGGGUAGCCUAAGAAAACAGUUGACAUUUCGCAAUGCCACCCCUCAGGUUUCCCCGCAGAAAGAGAAAUGAGCACAGAAUUUCCAUGAUAAUGUUUGUCUUGUCACUAUCCAAAUAUGGGUAGUGUUUCUUAUUAUUAUUGGUUGAAGCAAAUUUCCCUUGCGGCACGACCAAUCAGAAGCACUAGCCAUAUCAUGGUUAAGUGACAUGUCACCAUUGGGAAAUUUCUGUUCUCGUUUCUCAGACAUCAUCUCUAUGGGAAACCAGUGGCAGUGUUGCAAAAUGUUGGCUGUUUUCUCAAGAAAAUAAAAGGGCAGUCACUUUGGGGUGGGGGCUGUAGGGAUUUCCCCCGGCUGCCAUGGGCACGACCUGUGUCUUCUUUCAUGGGAAACAAACUGUAGUAUAUUUAUUGCAUAUACCCGCCAACAUGAAAUCUUAAACAGGGCUAACUUGUAAGUAACCAUGCAUGCACAACUGUUAUAAACAGCCAUGCGUAAAAUCGUCCACAUUUGUGUAAAAAUUAUUUUUGCGUCAUUGAAAGACCUGAGUAGAACCGUCUGUAAUAUUGAUGGGUGGCUUUAGUGUGGAGGUGUACUCUUUAUAAGCCGAUCAGGCUUAGGUUCGAAUGUAUGGAGUUAAUGAAAGGUCAUUGGUUUUUUGUUUGAUGAUCCACAUGUUAGAACCUGAACAUGGUAACAUUUGUAGAAGUAAUAAAAAACUGAUCAGAAAUAUUUUGAUGUGGACUUGAUUUUGCAGUGUUCUCCGCAUUACAGCUCAAUGACUGUACAGAGUUUAAAGUGAUUGAUCCUAAGGACUAUGACAGGGAUAUCAGUUCUAUAAAUGACAUGACAAAACGACCACUUGGCUACAUGUUUGGCAUUGCAAAAUAUCGUGGUGUGCAGACUGUAAAUCUAAAGAACCCUUGUGCUUAUUUGACAAAUUUAACAUCAAGACAUGUGGAAGUCAUGGUAAGGUAACUAAAACAGAUAUACUAUAAAAGAUGAUGUUCUAGAUAACCUGAGAUAACCGUCAGUCAUGAUUUUGUGGCUGCACCAAUUGUUUCCCCAUGUAAUGAGCUCGUAGGAAGGACCGCAGAAAUUCUAUACUGAUGAUGCAUCACUUCCUAGAUCUAGGUACAGUGUAGUGCUUCUGAUUGGAUGAAGUAAAUUUUCAACCAAUCAGAAGCUGCUACCAAGAUGCAUCAUAAGUGUGGAUCAUGGCGUCCUUCCAGAGGUGGCAUUAUGAAAUGUCAGCUGUUUUCAUCAGGCUAUGUUGCAGACUGCCUGGUUUUCGAUAGUCUUUUUUAUAUAUGUGCAUAAAAAACCAUAUAACCAGUGCUAUCCAGCUGUUAAUAGGAACCUACAAUCCUAAUCCCUAGGGCCCAUUUCCUGAAAAGCAGGUUACCACUAAUCCAGGGUUAAAAUAAUAUUGUGUUCCGUUUUUGUAUUAUACCUUCCUAUCCAUUGCUUGGAGUAACAUUUUGUGCUAUCAUUACUGUACCUUGGAGUACAUGCUGAACAGUAUUUUGCCAACUCGAGUUGCAUGUUCUUAGACAAGAAAAACUUACUUAAAAUUAUUUUGGCUUAAUCCUGGGUUAAACUUAACCAUCUUUCAAGGAACCAGGCCCUGGAUGCUAUUACUCAUGCAUAGCACAUAUGUAGCCAAUUUUGAAAAUUCGUUUGGACCUCCACCAAGAAUUAUGAAUGGAAUGCACAGAGUGCAUGCAAACUGAUCACAUGCCCUAAUGGACCUUUUUCACUCGUAAUAUCUGAUCAUCUGAUCAUCUGUGUUUUGACUAUCUAUCACUUGAAACUUGUGCAAAGGAGAGUGAUGGAACAAGAAUGUUUCCCUUAAUCGUUGAUCAUUGUCACCUACAUUUCAUAACCUUUGGUUAUUACUAGUAAAAAAGUAAGUUAAGAUAGUGAGUCCAUAAUUUGGAUAGCCUGAUGUUUUAUAUAUCUGCCAGUAUGAGCAUCUUGAUUAAUUUCCUUUCCCUUCCUAAUUCUAUUCGUCCCUUUUCCCAACUUCCCUGUUUUCUAUUUUCCUUUAAGCCUCUUCCCCUGUUUUCUUUUCCUUUUUCUCUUUCCUUCCAACCCACUAUUUUCUGUCUUCGAACUCUGUUCUCCCUAUCGACCCCUUAAUACAGAGAUACCAACCUCUGUGGAGAUCUCUUUCUUUUGCACUAAUGCCCCCCCCCCCGAAUGUCAAUGCAUCCCCCUCCCCCCACCCACAAAUUGACGUAUGGCUUAAUUAGGACAUUAUAAUAAUGAAGUCUUACUUGAUGUACAUACUAUCAAAAUUUGCUUUCAUCAUUUUAAUGACCAAAUAAUCUUUGUCAGUGACUAAAAUUAAUACAUGCAAGAAUAUCCCAGAAACCAUACAAUGAAUUAAAAAGUGCGAAUUUUGAGAAUGAAAUGGGCUAAAUUCCAAACUAAAGCACAGAAAAGCUCACAAGUCCAUUUUAUCCACGAGAUUUGGUGACUGGUACAGGAGAGCGGGAGAUCAGUGCCAUAUCCAGGAGACUUCCUGAUAAUCUGGGAGAGUAAUUGGCAUUUAUGUUAAUAAGACUAAACCCUUCCCAGUAAAAUACAUUUUUAUUAUUAUAUUUAUUCUCUUAAUUUAUAUUUUCUCUAUUUGUUUAUAUUUUUAGUUUCAAACCCUUGUUGCUGGAAAACCUCUCUGGUAAGAAUGACUACUGCAUGUACUUAUACUUUUCCAUAAGAAUUGGAGUAGAAUUUUGAAUCCUUGACCAGAUGGCUCCAAUAGGCCAUUUGCACUAAGAGGUCAUGUGACAUCGUUUUUAUGAAAAUGAAAGUUAUAUGAUUUUGCCUUCGAAAAACGAUUAGUGGGUCAUGUCUUAAACAAAAGAAUAGACUGUGAUUUGGUUUUUCAAACCCGCACGAUUUUCUUAAAAUGAGUAAGUUCGUAGCCGGUCACGUGACCAAAAUGUGGUUUUUGAAAUUAGGAAUUACAUCUUUCAGAACACAAAUUCUGCGCUUAAAGUUCAAGGGAAAUGUUGAACAGAUGAUGUGGUAAUAUUUACAGCACAUCUGAGCGUAACUAUCAAACGUUUAACAAGAUAUAAGCAAAAAGUAGUUUUGGCCGCCAUGUUGGAGGGCAAGAGUAUGCCCUCCAACAUGGCGGCCAAUACAAAUCAUACUGCUUUGUUGAAAAAUCAAAGUGCCAUAAAAUAUCUCCCUUAAAUGCUUUUCCUCUCAAAUUUCGGGUGUAAGAUAAUUUUUAUGUGUUCUGUCAAUUUUUGGCAUCAGCAAGAUUCCAACUCAUCAUUUUAAGGAAGCAUUGGUCACGUGACCUCUUAGUGCAACUGGCCUAUCAAGGAAUGCUUGACCAGGAUAGAAAAAAAAAAAUUUGAACCUCUCUAGAUGGGUACUGAUGUCGUUUUUAUCAAGUGUUUUCCAUUAAAUGUAACUGUUUUCCUUGGUAAUUUAAUAGACAAAAACUCUGAAAUGUGCAGCACACUUUUUGGUAUAUUUCUUUGCUGUCAUUACAUAAUUAAUGGCAAUGCAAUCAUCUCUUUAAUCUCUAUAAUAAAGGUCUUUGUUUCAUCAUUACCAAUCGUCGCAACUUUGAUUUUGUUGGAAAUACCCAUCAAGAGUGUCACAUUUCAAAAUUUCAUGUAAUAUAUUAAGUAUGACAUGCAGUGUUUCAUCACCAGAUGAAACACUGAAAAGCAUAACUGCCAACCUCCUGAGAUCUAAAAUCUGGAGACUCUCUAUUUUGCACUGCACCCCCCCCCCCACCCUAGCCACGAAUAUCAACAGCACCAACACCCCAGCCCACCCCUGGUUUGCUACCCACUGUCUAUCCUUGCCAAUCAUCCAGUUGAUCAGCCAAUUCUCAGUUCUCGUUGGUUUCUACUAAUCUUUGAUAGACUAUUGACAAUAUAAUGCGUGUUAUUAUUUUUACUUUCAGUGUAAGAGAUAAUGCUCCUAAUCCCAAAAUAGCUUGUGGUGCGGUGAGUGAUUGCCGAACUUGUAAACUUUUGUACUAGAUACAUGGAUUAAUAGCUGUGCGAGCAAGUUCCCUCUGCUUGGGCUUUCUGUCAGAUACCCGACAACUCCUAGGCAUUAGGACAAUUAUUUUCUCAUGCCUGACUCACCAAUCCAGAAAAAUCAUGAUUGUUCUUUAACACAUGAUUAAUAAUGAAAAUUCAAUUCAACUUCCACAAAAACAUUCCAAAAAGGCGCUUAAUGCUGACUUAACUGGUUCAAAACACGCUGAAGUUGUUACCUUUUAAAUGACUUUGGAGGUGCUCUAAUGUCGUCGGAACAUCUUCGGACGUUUUCGGUAAAGUUCAGAAUUCUUCAGAAAAUGGUCGGAAAUCUUAGGAAGUCACCGGGACGUUUUCGGAAAUCCCAGUCAUGACAAGACUAAAAGCUCACGCGUUUGACUCAGAAAUAGUUGGCACGUAUACUUUCAACUUGUAGUGUCACUGAGUCAAGGGAACCUUGUUGCAGGUGAAUGUAGCAGAACUAACUGAGGCCUGAUUGAUUGAAUGACUACCAAGUCACUGUACAAGCUGUGGGCUGUUUUGUUAGCAGGUUUUUGCUUUGAUAUGUGAAUUAUUAUCUCCCUUUACUCUAGUUGAGGUGAUAGAGUUUUCAGGAGUUGAGCCCAACUCGUUUUAUUCAUCCCUAUCCACCUAUACUACGAGUAGUCUCUCAUUUUCCCCCAGGGAUAUUACAGAAAGGCGAGACCCAGCGGGGAGAGAGAAAAAUGAGGCUUUGUCUGUAGUCCCUCAUUGUUCUCUCUCCCCGCCGCGUCUCGCCGUUCUCGCGUGGGGUGAUUUUCACGCGCGCUCGCGUUUCGUUCGAUCUGCUAUCUACUACUACUCGUAGUCUACUAUCCACCAAAAGCUAACACUGGGCAAAUGGUGUUAAUGAUAGCCUGCAUAGCUGGCGGUUUUGUUGAGGAGGGGCAACGAUGAACGGCAAGAGAUAUAGUUGGCUAAAUGUCCAGCUUGGAUAUAGUGGCUUACCGUCUUUUGUAUCUUGUCUCAUUUGAAGGGUGCACAAAAUACCAAUUGUUGGAAUCCGUCUCAAGACACUGUGAUUUAUGAAUUUUAUUGUGAUACUGGAAAAGGAUGCGACACUGAUGUGCAGUUUUGGUAUCGACUAACACCAAGCCCUGUGGGAAUCAGUGAGUGGAAAACACUUCAUUUAGUUGAUGACAAUAAGCAAUUACAGUUGAAAGACUAGUUGAACCUCCAUAAAGCGGUUCUGACCUCGGGAUACCGGUAAGUGGCCGGUUAAUGGAGGUUAGCCACUCAGUAGCGGUUCGUCAUAAAUUUAUUAGCAUAACAUGAGCCAGAGUAUAAUCUUUAGCAGAGUCAUCUCGUUACACACGAAGGGAGCGGCUUUUCUUAUCCACAAUCGGUCGUCACUUCAAAUCUCGGACUGUAUUUCCCUUCAUCAUAUUCUUGAAAUUAAGCCAAACUAGGUGUAUCAAGUGCUUUAUGCCGCCUAAUAGAGGUGACGACAAUGGGAGAACUCUCGUUGCCAUGCGCAGAAGGUGUCCGCGGCCGCUUAGUAGAGGUGGACGCAUCUCAUUUCUUUUCUACAUAUAUUUCGGGACUUUGAUUACUGGUCGCUUGAUAGAGGCCGCUUAAUUGAGGUUCAACUGUAUUUAAUGAGAAUGAAUAUGACAUGAAGAAUUUCAGCAGAUUUGGGCGGCUGUUUUGGCUUUGCGCCAAGCGAUGAGAGCGUACGACUUUCAAUCCGGAGGUCCCGAGUUCAUUCCAGCCCUGACCGCCAGAUGGACGAUUUUUUCUCGGUAGUCCUGCCUGAGUCCAACCGGUUUGCUAUAGCCUGGGUUGCAGACACUCUGAACGUUCUGUUUAUAAUGGACUACGCGAUACGUGUACCGCCUUCAACGUAGGGUACUGAUUUUACUUCGACCAAUUAGGAUUCUUAGGCUGUCGUAAACUGCCGCCUUUAUGCCCUGGGCUUAUAAGUCUUCGUAAGGGAAUUUAAGAGGGCACUUAUAAAAGCGAUUCGAAUCAAACUUUAGCAGUGCUGAUCAAAGUGUGUUUUGCAAUUCCUGGUUUUAAAUAGAGCGAUUUUCGUGUGACGUUGAAAAAUGGUUUCGGUAAGUGAUCGUUAUUUAUUAAUUUGUUAUUAAUUACUAAUUUGUUUUAUCAUCCAGUGGAUGAAAAGAUCAAAGGAUGGACUCUUUGUUUUCCCGCCAAAGAAAACCCUAAUAUGGAGAAGUCAUUGUUCGAUUAACCAAUCGUGUUGCAGUAUGACGUCAAAGCGAAGUAUCGAUUGGUUUCUAGAAAGUUCUUCGGGCGUGAAGUUUUUUCAGCCGAGCGUUCGGGCGUUUGUAUCCGUUCGACAAACCAAUCAAAUCGCUCUAUCUCCGUUCGUUUGUUGUUUCUGUUUUGUUGACGCGUUUUCAUUUCAAAGUCAUGCGAAAAUCGCUCUAAAGCUUUAAAACGUUACAAUAAAUCAAAUUCAGAAGGGGUAGGAGUUAAAAGGGGACCUAUGUCUGGGGGGCUUUUGAACAUUAUCGGAUUUCUUUUUUUUGUUGUUUGCAGGAACAGUCAAACUCCGUUAAUACGGACACUGAUGGGGCCAUAGAAAAUGUUCGUAUUAAGCGGGUUGAAAUUAGAAAAAGUGUAAGGGACUUUGCAAACAGUCCGUGAUGAUGAGGUGUCCGUAUCGCGGGGUUUGACCGGGGUGGGGCUUACGGUAUGUUCAUUAUGUAUCGGAUAGCUCUUGUGCAAACACGAAAACCAAAAUCUUGCCAAAUUUUCUUCUAGGAAGUUAAUUGCAUUGAUAAUUUGGAAGUUACUGAAAACCUUUUUUCAAUGAUAUUUUGCAGGUGAUGUCGAUCAAUGGUGCAAUGACCGUAACAGUAUGUUCCCUAUCGAUUUAAUGACCGCCCCUCCACCAGUAGUAAAGAAGACCACUGUUAAGAGUGUCGCGUCUGGUACCCUCUCAUGCAAUAUUUGUCUUGUAUUACUCCUAUGUUUUCUACCAUUGCUAUACACAUCUUCUCUCUAGCACGUCUGAAGACACGACUAUUUUGGCGACAGAAAGUCUUUCAUUUUGAACCCAAGAUAGGAUACUGGUUUUAAAAAUUUAGAUAUUUUAAUCACGAGAGAAAUCAAAGGUACCCCAAGCUUGGAAGUUUAGCGCGGUCGUAUUUUUGACCUUUGGGUUAGCCUGUUCCAGGUUCCAAGAUGGUGGGGAAAACGGAUCGAAUAAAAAAAGGCGCGAAAACCACGUGAGGACUUGAGAGAGAGGGUUGCUCGCUCGAUUUUUCGCUGUUUGCGCGCUUUUUUCGCUCAUCUACACUGACUGAGACCCUGGCACAGGUUACCUUUGCGUUGACGAUAUUUAUUUCAGUACGAAAAAUAAACGCCUCUUUUGAGUUCAAAAGUUUAUAGAACUAAAACGGAGGAGUAAAGUUAUUGGAACAUGUCUUGGAACGUUCCGAAGCGAUUUUAGCCAGUAAGGUAUUUACUCGAACAAGCGCCGCCCUCAAAUAAGCGCUUUAGUUGGAACAAAAAAUAAUAAGCACCGAUAUAAUCGAAGUCAAAAGACGUCAAUUCUGUUAGUUUUAUACGGAAAAAAUAAUACCUUUAGUUAAAACAAUUUUAUUUUUUGUGGCGUCCAACUUUCAAAUAAACUUCAUUAUGUUUUCAGUUUUGGAAUCAAGGACCAACGUUACAGAAUAGAAAGAACGGAUUCUAAUAAAGAAUCCAAUCAGCUAUAAAUUAAAAUAUCAAGCAAAAGAAGCAAGGCUGAUUUUACAGUCGGGAAUAUAGAUUUUUUGUUACCUCUUAUUGUGUACUCUUUUUUUGCACUUAUGUCCGAGUUCGAACGCAGCUGCAAAUUUUGCGAUCUUUUUUGUGCUUGCGAACAAUCGCAAAGCCAGUUGCAAAUUUUGCAAAAUUUGGGAAAAUUGUUACCUAUGAUUUUUCUCAGUUCUUUGUCAUGUUAAUGUCUGUCACUCAAGUCGAACCCAGUUGCGGAGUUUUUCAAAUUUGCGAAAAUCGCAAGGUUGACAAUUCUUCGCAAUCCCUUGUCGUACGCCCUUGUGCUAUGUCCUAGUGUAAACCAGCCUAGUGUUACAAGCUUGACAGUCAGUUUCAGGUCAGUACACAGUACUACAGCACUAAACUUUUGAGCUUGGGGUACCUGUACGAGUUUCUCCAUAAGUCAUUUUGAAAAUUAUCAAACUGUAACCCGCGGUUAUAUCCAUUUUUUUUCUUUUUUGUUUUCUUUUUCCAAAAAGCAGGCUUGCGACAGUAUGUUGGUAUUGUUAACACCCGAUCGCUCAAAUCGCUCACUUUCUGUUCUCUAAAUAUCGUGUUUUUUCAUUUCUUAUUUUCUACGUGCGUCGUUUCCAGAGUUUGCUUUCUCGGGUGGAAAGUUAUUUUUUUUAAAAAAUUCCGUUUAUUUUUUGAGUUUGAUAAUGUGUUUUUCCUUGAGAUUACGAUUUUUUUAGUUUUAUACAUUACAAAAAUUAUAUUACACAAAAGAAGAUAGAGAAUCUUGAUUAGGAAACAGUGGUACCCAACGACGGCUUUUCUCAAAUGCUUUAAAAACCUGUUUUAGGCUAUCUAAAGCGGUGCUUUAAAGCUUCGCAAAUGCUCCGUAAGCGAUCAAAUUUUUAUCUGUCUGGUCACCCUAAGGUAACUUAAGCCAUUGUUCUUGUUAUUUUCAAAAAGUGAGAAGAGAGGAAAGAAAAAUUUACGAAAACGAGCGAUUUAUUCCGCCCUUAUUUUCGAAACCGAAUGGUUUGUUUCUCGCGAAUGAUACUAAAUCUGAAGAUUGAAAUUUAAAACAAAAAGCACCGAAAAUUGGAGGAAGCUAAUAGAAAAUCGGCAAAUAUUGGAGAAUGGAACAGUCAUCGAAGACGUCUUGGUUGCUCUUGAGCUAGAGAAAUUUGUAGAGUUAUAUUUUCUUCUUCUAACAGAUAUUUCAGGGAAGAUGGUCGUUGGGUGCCCCUGAACAAAGAAAAAACGUUAUUAUUGAUGUAUUUUAUGCAAUUAGUUACUACAGUCGACUCCCGAUAACUCGAACCUUCAAGGGAAAUAGAAAACAGUUCGAGUUAUCGGGAGUUCUAAUUAUGGAGGGUAAAAUUAUAUAGAAAACGAUCUGAAGAGAAAUGAAAUUUCUUCGAGUUAGUGGGAGGUUCGAGUUAUAGAGGGUUCGAGUUACCGGGAGUCGACUGUACGUCACAAGUAAAUCACAAUCCGUUGCUUGCUUGAAGCCUGUGUAAAACGUGCAUGGAUCUCUUUUGUCGCCGAUCUACCUGCAAUAUAGGACACUUUGUCGAAAUAUGGGAACUCAGUGGCCGAUCCACACCCACACCUUCAGAUAAGUGGGGGGCCCGGUCAGCCAGACCCUGAGAUAAGGGGGGAGGGGGCGGUCUCCAAAAAAUCUUUUUCCGGUCCUUGGGGCCUUAUUUUGGUCG